AUCUUCUUGAUCAUCUCCCAGCUUCUCUCACCCUACUCUUGGGUUCAAGAUCUUAGCAACCAUGAAACUUCUUAUCCUCACCUGCCUCGUGGCUGCUGCUCUUGCUCUGCCUAGAGCUCAUCGUAGAAAUGCAGUCAGCAGUCAAACUCAGCAAGAGAAUAGCAGCAGUGAGGAACAGGAAAUUGUUAAACAACCAAAGUAUCUCAGUCUUAAUGAGGAGUUCGUCAACAACCUGAACAGACAGAGAGAGCUUCUGACAGAACAGGAUAAUGAAAUCAAGAUAACUAUGGACUCAUCAGCUGAGGAACAAGCAAUGGCAAGUGCUCAGGAAGAUUCCUCCUCAAGCAGCUCAUCAAGCGAGGAAUCCAAGGAUGCUAUUCCCAGUGCUACUGAGCAGAAAAACAUUGCAAACAAAGAAAUACUCAACCGAUGCACCCUGGAACAGCUUCAGAGACAGAUUAAAUACAGCCAACUUCUCCAGCAAGCUUCACUGGCUCAGCAAGCUUCCCUGGCUCAGCAAGCUUCCUUGGCCCAGCAAGCUCUCCUGGCCCAGCAACCUUCCCUGGCACAGCAAGCUGCCCUGGCACAGCAAGCUUCCCUGGCACAGCAAGCUUCCCUGGCACAGCAAGCUUCCCUGGCACAGAAACAUCAUCCAAGACUGAGCCAGGUCUACUAUCCAAAUAUGGAACAACCUUACAGGAUGAAUGCAUACAGCCAAGUUCAGAUGAGACAUCCUAUGAGUGUAGUGGAUCAGGUAAAGCCUCAUCUUUGUCUUUCCCACAACUCUCCCAAUAUGGCGCCUAUCCCCUUUGGCUUUACUUUCCACAAGACAUGCAGUACCUUACCCCUGAAGCUGUUCUUAACACCUUCAAGCCCAUUGCCCCCAAGGAUGCUGAAAACACCAAUGUGUGGUGAGGUAUUAAGACAACUCUCAGGAACUCCACAGUUAUACCACUUGAUGUGACUGGACCCUCCAUUCUCCAUCCUCUUUAUGUCUCUCCGUCCAUCCUAUGGAGCCUGCGUCUUCCCUAAAAGCUUGACUGCUGUUUUAGAGUAGAAAAAAAUCUCACAUAGAGGGCUACGAUUCAUCUUCAGUUGUCUACUACACAUUAGAUCGCAUAGCACCCUUCCUUAGGCUAACUUUCCCUAGACAGAUUCUUUUUUCUAAAUUCCAGUUACAUCAUCUGAGCAGAGAGAAUCAAGGUUUUUAACAAGUUUCUAUUAUGGAAAAUUUGUUUUAAAAGUCUUUAAAUGGAUUCCUCUGAAAAUGUCAUCAUUUUGGGUAAUUGUGUGCAGUAACUGAGAUCACCUUUCUCCUAUUUUCAAUAAAUCACAUUUUAAGGCACAAA